AUGAUUUUGGAUCGAAGCCCUAUGGAGGAGCCGGACAUCGAUGUUGUUGGAGAGCAGGAGAAAGACCCGAGUCAAGUUCCGAGCCCCAGGCUCAGAGAGAAGGAUGCGGGAGACGGACCGGAGAAGCGCAGUGACGCGUCGGGUGUCGCGUGCGUGAAGCCGCCGUAUUCGUACAUCGCGCUCAUCACCAUGGCGAUCCUGCAGAGCCCGGGGAAGCGACUGACCCUCAGCGAGAUCUGCGAGUUCAUCAGCCGCCGCUUCGCCUACUACCGCGAGAAGUUCCCUGCGUGGCAGAACUCCAUCCGGCACAACCUGUCGCUCAAUGACUGCUUCGUCAAAAUGCCACGAGAACCCGGGAACCCCGGGAAGGGCAACUACUGGACCCUGGACCCCAUGUCGUCCGAUAUGUUCGAAAAUGGGAGUUUCCUCCGGCGGAGGAAGCGCUUCAAGCGGCUCCGCUGCUUCACCAAGGAGGCGGAAACGCCACUUCCGGGAUUCCCGAUCGGAUCUUACGCUUCGGCUUUACCGCUCCCGGGUUUGGAUCUGUACCUCGAGCGCUCACCUCCUCCUCCUCCUCCUGCCCUUGUCUCACCUGUCGGCAGCCUUUUACCUGCGCUCUCCACCCUGCUGAAAGGUUACCUCCCGCACCCAUCACGCGCUCCAUUCCCCGGAGCCCAGCUCGCACCUCCGGCCGCUCUUCCUCCGAGCUUUUACACCCUGCACCAGGAAUAUCACAAACUGCAGGCUCUGCACAGCACCGCGCUCACCAACAAACUCCUGCAGCAGUUCGGUGACAGCACCCUCUAAUACACACCUCUCGAACUGCGCGCCUGCGUCGCCAGAAGGUCUUGAGAUAAAUCCCGCACAGACGGAUUAUAACCCAGAAACUAACCCGACACCUGGGCAAAAGCAGAAAAGUCAUGGCAAUCUUGUUGUUGUGUGUGUGUGUUUUGUUUUAUUAUUAUUAUGAUUGAUUAUUAAUUUUUUUUAAA